UGAUAUUGACAUUGUUAUUAUUUCGUUUACCACAGCCAACGUUAGCCUAUACUACCUAGUGGUAGCAUCUCCCUAUUAAAAUUAACCCCCGACGUAGUCUUCUAAGCGUUUUGGAAAACAACUGGUCCUGGCAAACGUAAAUAUGCAACAGUAGCGUAACUGUAACAUAAAUUUCGUGCGUGUUGCAUUAUUGAAUAACUUAAAUGUGGUGUAACAAAUACGAAACCUAGGCUCAAAUGUUCGCCUUGCGUUACAAAAAAUAUGAAACAAGCUAAGAUAGGUGAGGCUGUUGCAAAAUAAAAGUUAAUCCGAUAGGUAUCCUCUAUUAUAAAAGCAUCGGUACAAUUACCCCAGAAUUAAAUUAAAUUUUAAGUAGGAAAUAUAAUUUCUGUAGAACAACUGCAGAUCAGAGAUCGUUAAGAUAAUCCACUUUAUAGCACAACACGUUACCAUAUUUAGAUCAUAUCUACUGUAUAACAUAAGUAUGUUAAUUUAUACCACAUAUUUGUAUAGACAUUGUGUGGUUAUGUGAACCGUCGAGAAUUACUAAAAAUGAACGCAAUUAAAAGGUCCACAAUCGUAGCGCAAAUUUGUUUAAUCCGAGACCGAGUUCGGAGCGUACAGAUAACCAUGAAAAUCUUAAACGUGCUACUCUUCUUGGUGAUUGCAGCUUCGACACAGAAGCUAAAAGAUAACGUUCGGGAAGCAUGGGAAAAGAAUAACGAGCCGUAUGUGGAUUUAUGCGUUAAUGAAACCAAAGUUGAUCCCAAGAUUCCCAGGAUAAUGUUCAGGCAACUGCAUCUUCCCGACGAAGAUACGUUUCACUGUUACAUGAGAUGCCUCUUUCGGAAUUUGGGGUUAUUGACGUCUGAGGACCAAAUUAAUCUUAACGCGCUGGCGGCAGCGCCUCAUAUAUCGAACGUAUUAGCGAAAGACUGUUUGGAAUUAUCGAAACCCGAACCGAAUGUAUGCAAAAUGGUUUAUAUAAUAACGGUCUGUCUUACCGAGAAUAAUUAUGAAUGAUGGAAACCUCAAUUAGGAUUAUUGAUUUAUCGUACACACCCAAUUGACCUUUUUUGGACUUUUUGCAAAUUAAUUUGGAAAAUAAAUCUAGUAUACAACAUGCAAUAAAAAACAUA